AUGAAUGCUGAUCAUAAAAUUCCAUUAAUGGAAUAAGAAAUGCCAGUAUUAGAUGGAAACGAAUAGAAAUUAUCAAAUCAACAUGAUAGUCAAAUAAAAGGAUCAAUUAAUCAAACUAAAUUAUCAAUAAAAAAUGCAUUUUCUAGAAUUAGCCAUCUAUCUGUUCAUAAUGUUAAUACAGCACUCUUUUUCAUUAGAGAGAAUUGGAAGAGUGGUAUGACUUAAGCAAUGAUGAAUAUGCCAUUUAUUUUAAAUGCUGGUAAUAAUACUGGAGGUAAUCCUUCUGCUGCCUAUACAUCUGCAUUGAUUGGAGGAUUAAUUAAUGGAUUUUUUAGUGGAAGUAUAAUAAUAAUACAAUAUCCAAAGGUAAUCAUUCAAUAUAUGCACCUACUUGGGUUGCAGCAGGAUUCAAUUAUUAUAUUGUAUAACAAUAUGGAUAUGAAGCAGUUCCCUGGGUAACCAUAAUGGUUGGAUUAUAAAUAUACAUUCUAAGUCAUAUGAAAUGGCAUCAUUUAAUAGAUUUCAUGCCAAAUUAUGUAAUAGAAGGAUAUUAUUUGGGAUUACUAUUUUUAAUUGGAAAUGGUUACAUAGAUUAUGCUUUUGGAUUAAGUGAUAUGCAUUCAAAUAGAGGAUUUUAAGUAUAUCAUGAUAGAUUUGAAAUGUAUCAAGGUAAAUUAAACUAGAUAAAUUAGAAUUCUUUAGAAGAGGUGAUCUAUAUUAUUUUGGAGCAUCAAUAUUUAUAUUCCUUAUACUCUACUUUGGUUGGAAGAUAAAUAAAGAUCUACCUCUAAUUGUAUUAGUAUGUUUAACUGGUUUGAUGGUUGGUAUACUUUAUCCAACAGAAAAGUGUUUAAAGAAUGUUUAUGGUGAUGUAAGUUUAAGAAUAUCAUUUAUUGAAAGUGGUGGUCCUCAUUUCUAGCCAGAUAUGUGGACACUUAUAUUUUUAUUUGUUUAUGCUAUUAAAAUGACAUUUUACAUUACUGUUUAAAAUUUAUUAUGUGCAAAAGGUGCUGAAUAUUUCACAGGAGUAAAAUGUGAUCAUGAUAAAGAAAUCUUAUGUGUCUCUUUAACUAAUAUUUGUGCAGGAAUUUUCAAUAGUAUCCCAUGUUGUGCAUCUAUUAGAUUAAUAAUUUUGAAUAUUAGAGUUAGAAAUAUGAAUAGAUGGUCAUCAAUACUAAAUGGACUUUCUGUCAUUCUUUUUUAUGGAUUAUUCAGUAGAUAUUUUCUAUAAAUUCCACUUUAUUUUGUUAGUGGCAUAUUAUUAUAUUCAGCAUAUAUGUGUCCAACUUGGCCCUAUUUAGAAAUGUUAUGGAGAACAAAAAGAAGAUUAAUUUUAGUUAAAUAAAUUACAAUAUCAAUAAUUUGUAUAUAUUAUGGACCUAUUGAAAGUACUAUGAUAGGAAGUAUGUAUGCAAUGUUGUAAUUUGCUGAAAAAAUGAGUGCAGCUGCUUCUGAAAUAAUAGUUAGUUCAGAUGAAGUUCAAGUAAAUAUUUAAUUUCUAUUUAUUAAAUUAAGAAAAACUCAUUAAUUAAACGAAGUUGUGUUAAAUAAUAGGAUGGAGCUGAUUUGUAAUUGAGAAAUGACACUUUAGGUAUUGAAGAUGAUUUUCCAAAUACAAAUACAUUUAAAGGAUCUUUUGCUAUUUAUAGAUUUAAUGGAGCUAUCAAUUAUAUCAAUGUUAAAGUAUAAUCAUUUUUAAUAUUUAUAGAAUCAUAUUGCUUAAAUUAAAUAAUUACCAGAAAGAGAUUAUAUUGUACUUAGUUUUAGAUAUGUUAGUGUUUUUGAUGAUGAAGCCAUAGAUAAAUUAAGUUUAAUGAUAUAAGCUCUUAUUAGUAAUUUAUAUAUAUAUAUUAUAGGUUCAUAAAGAGAAGUACUUUUGACAGGAUUGAAUUAAGGUAUGAUUGAUGAAAUGAGAUAUAAUGAAUAUAUGAAUAAUUUCUACAAAAAACAUAGACAUCAUUUUAAAUUAUUAGGUUAAUGA